AUGGGAAAGUCUACUCAUGACUGUGUUGCGUCGUCCGGCAUGAAGAAAGGUCCAUGGACUCCAGCAGAGGACCAAAAGCUCUUAGCUUUCGUUCAAAAACACGGUCAUGGAAAUUGGCUUUCCUUGCCUCAGAAAGCUGGUCUUCAAAGAUGCGGCAAGAGCUGCAGGCUACGAUGGAGAAACUACCUACGACCUGAUAUUAAGAGGGGAAAUUUCAGUUUGCAGGAAGACCAAACCAUCAUUCAACUUCAUGCUCUUUUAGGCAACAGGUGGUCGGCUAUUGCUGCGCACUUACCAAAGAGAACAGACAAUGAGAUCAAGAACUACUGGCACUCUCGUCUCAAGAAACGACUGGCCUUGAAAGGCUAUGACCCUGUAACCCACAGGCCUAAGACUACCAUCUUUGGCUCCGCCAAUGGUUCAACUGAUGACCCAAAGACCGGCUCAAAUCUCAACCAUAUAGCUCAGUGGGAAAGUGCCAGGCUUCAAGCAGAAGCCAGAUUUGUGAGAGAUUCAGAUUUACACAAACAAGCUAAUCAUCCUUAUAACAAUAAUGAUAUUUCUGCUACCUCAUCAAUAUUAUUAGGUCAUAAUAAGGACUUUGGGCCGACUGAUCAAUUAUUUGGACAAAACACACCACAAUGCCUCGACAUAUUGAGAGCCUGGGAAAGCAUCUUAAUGUCAAAUGACUCAAAAGCUGCAGGCGGCCAAGAUCAUGUUAGUUCAUUUGGUAAUCAUCUUGCUGGUGAUUUCGAGCCUCCAUUGAUAUCUGCAAUAUCAAGCAAUGGAUCGUCAUUGAUGGAUUGUUUCUUUCAUGAACCAGUAGGGCAAUGUUUUGAUGAAAAUUAUGGCACUAGUAUCACUGAACCAUUCGCCGGCACUAGUAUCACUGAACCAUUCGCCGCGGUCCACAACAAUAUGGGGUUUAAAAAUGGGGCAUGCUUGGAGGACUUUGGACUUUGGGAAAGGGACAUGGGAAAGUCUACUCACUGUGUUGCGUCGUCAUCCGGCAUGAAGAAUGGUUCAUGGACUCCAGAAGAGCCAAAAGCUCCUAGCUUUCGUUCAAAAACAUGGUCAUGGAAAAUGGCAAUCCUUGCCCCAGAAAGCUGGUAA